AUGACUUCUCUCGACGAAGAGGCCCGCAAUGAAGCGGCCCCGUUGCUGCAAAACAAUGAAGAAAGAUCUGUCUCAGAAUGGCCGACGAACGACUGGUGGGCUGAGCUAUCGCUCAUCACACGCUACACAGUCCCUCUGGUAGCAACAUAUCUACUUCAAUACUCAUUCAGCGUCAUCAUAACAACAGCCGCUGGCCAUCUUAGCCCCGAUGACUUGGCAGCCGCAGCAAUUGGCGCCACAACCAUGAGCAUAGCUGGUCUCGCUCUCUACGAAGGAAUGGCAACAGCUCUUGACACCUUAUGUGCACAAGCGUAUGGGGCCGGUAACAAGACGGGUGUGGGCUUGCAUGUGCAGCGCAUGCUUCUUCUCAUGGCAGUUGUUACUAUCCCUGUCGCUGCAGUUUGGAUCUGUUCUCCCGGAUUCCUGAUUCUCAUCCUCAAGCAGGAACACCUCGCCGUCAAAGCAGGCUCAUUUCUCCGAGUCAGCAUACUAGGUAUCCCCGGCUAUGCCUCUUUUGAAGCAUUGAAGCGCUUCCUCCAAGCCCAAGGCGACUUCAACACCGGCAUGGCAGUCUUGGUCGUCUGCGCUCCCAUCAACGCCAUCCUCAGCUGGCUCUUCGCCUUCAAGCUCAACCUCGGCCUCGAAGGCGCCGCUCUCGGCGCAGCAGUAGCCAACACCCUCCGCCCAACCCUCCUCCUCAUCUGCAUCUUCUUCAAAAAGUCGACCCACGAAUGCUGGCCUGGCUUUACGCGUCGUGCCUUGCAGGGCUGGGGACCCAUGGUUCGGCUAUCUGCCGCCGGAUCGGCUGUCACAUUGGCGGAGUGGGCUGCGUUUGAGAUCAUCACCGUCAGCACGUCAUAUGUGAGCACGAUUCAUCUCGCUGCGCAGACGAUCUUGACUACUACGUCGAUUGUGAUGUGGCAUAUCCCGUUUUCGCUUGGUGUUGCUGUUAGUACGAGAAUUGGGCAUUUGGUUGGUGGUGGGCAAGUUAAUGCUGCGAGACGGGUUACGAUUCUGUAUGGGGUCAUGUUUGUGGUUCUAGGGUUCUUUGAUGGUGCUGUUUUAUUCUUGUUGAGGAAUUACAUUGGGCCUUUCUAUGCGAACGAUGAGGAGGUUCGGAGAAUUGUUACGAACACUAUGCUGGCUGUUGCUUGCUUCCAAGUGGUUGACUCCAUUGUCUGCGGAUGCAAUGGUGUUCUCCGUGGUUUGGCCAAGCAAUCUGUGUCAGCAUGGGUUGUGUUCUUCGUCAACUACUUUGCCGCUGUUCCCAUCGCAGUUUGGCUGGAAUUGGGUCCUUGGAACCUGGGUCUGAAUGGUGUUUGGUCAGGAGUGAUAGGUGGUUCUGCAGUCAUUGCGCUUAUCGAAGUCAUCUAUAUGAUCAAAGUGGACUGGAGAAGUUCCGUCGAGACAGUCAAGUCAAGGGAGAAUUAG